ACUGAUUGUAGGAUAAAGUACAUAGUUAGCAUGAGUCGUCACUGCGCGUGAAAAUACUACUGUCUAUAAUGAACCAGUGAUUUUCCAAGUGUGGUACGAGUACCACCGCAGUUGUACUUGGGCUCUCUCUAAUGGUACCCCAAAGAAUCACUGAAUUGAGUACAAUCAAAUUGUUAAGGGUGUAACGGUACAUGUAUUGAACCGUUUCGGUACGUGGUGCUCGGUUCAGAACGGAGGCGUACCGAACGAGUUUCUGACAUAAUAUAACGCUCACUUUUGGAGGCUGUGAGUCGAUCGGGUUACAGUUUCUUUGUGUAGAUUAUAUUUACUCCGUCUUCUCUACUAUAAUGAGGACCAACACGGUAUGACAGUAUAACUCAGAAACGUCAACGGCGCGACAACGUGGCCCCCGCGAGAACGCAGUGAAACGCGGGCGUUAAAGUCAAUCAGCCAAUGCACACCAGUCGCAGUGCGGCCGCGUGUUAGACGCGUCCCAGAAGCGGCUUUAUGAGUCCAUCAGAUCUCUUGAGUGGUAAAUCGGGGCACAUAUGACUUGUCUUUGUUGAUUUACUGCUGUCUUCUCUGCUAUAAUAAUAACCAACAUGGCCCCGUGUUCAAUACAAAACCCUCCUACCACAACAAAACAAGUAGGAACUAAUAUUCACAUGGGAACUAAAGUUAUACAACAUAAAAUAAACAAUAUAAAUGAAUACUACAUCACAUUUGUAAAAUAUAAACACAUAAUAAAAUAAAUAAUAGCUCAUUUGAAUAAAAUAAAUUGAAAUGAGCUAAAACACUUGCAAUUGAAUAAUAAGAAUGAUACACAGAUCCUGCUUACACAAUUAAAUUUAUCAAUUUCUGUGUGGCGCUGUAACUUGAGAAAAUCCACCAAUAAAGCUUUUGAAAACAUUUCAUAAGAAAAAAAAAAGAUUCAUUGAGGCAUUUCAUUUGUAAAAUACAUGUUAAAAUCUUUGUCAUUGGGAAUGAUUUUCUCUUUAGCACAGGACUUCUUUUUUUUUUUUUUUUCCUUUCAGAAAGAAAGCUGACCAAUACGCGGGGUCUGAAAGGCAAAUUGUUGUUGAAUUAUCUUUAAAUACCCGCUACUUUUUGAGCAGAAUUCUAGCUUUGUAUAGGCUAAUGUUCCUGUUGUUGAAAGCACAAAGGUGUGUAAUAAACAACUAGCACAUUUAUAUUUUGCAUUUUGGUUUCUUACUGUACCGAAAAUGAACCGAACAGUGACCUCAAAACCGAGGUACGUACCGAACCAAGAUUUUUGUGUACCGUUACACCCCUACAAAAUGUACAAUAUUCAAAAUAAGACACACAAUCAAUCAUGUUUUAAUUACGUUAUAGCUGUCUGUAUACAUGAUUUUAAAAAUCUAGUACUGUACAGUUAUUACUUUUCAAGAACAAUACAUUACUUUGAAAAUAAUUCGGUUCAGUUACUUAAAGUUUUAGGUAUAGUGAAGACUUGUAUCACUGAUAAGAAUAAAAAGAAAAAGUGCAAUUAUUUAUUGAUAUAAUUGAAAAUUCAAUCAUAUAUAUACUGUUAACCCCCUUUAACAUAUUUAAGAACUAUUUUAAUGUUGAAACAAUAAUAAAUAUAGCUUUGAUAAACACCGACACGCUAUAUUACUGUAUUGUUGAUCUCUUCUUGCAAAGCUCUGUUACCUUUGAGGUGGUACUUAUUCAAGGGUGUAAAAUCACUGUUAUACUGCAAACAACAGGUUGAUGCACAAAUUGUGUUGUGGGAUUUCUAAUUAUUUUUUAAAGUUACGGGUAUCCUAACAUGUUAUAUUUCUUAAUCUAUAAAUACAUAUACAGGUGAUACACAGUAAGAAACUGAAUUCAUUUUGGUGUGGUUCUUCUUCAGCCAAUUGUUGUUUCCUUGGCCAAAUUUGUUGUUGUCAUACUUCUGUCUGAGGAGGUUUUCUUGUAUAAUAAUUUUUAUCAUAUUGAAUAUUUGAUCUUGCAUGUGGGCCUCUCGAAACAAUUCCGGUGUAUGUUUUAUGAUUUCAAUUUGAGGAUAAGUCCACUUGAACUUGAGUUGAGCUUGAGUUGGAUCAAUGGUAUUCUCCUCAACUAUUCAGUCAACCUUUUUAGCUUUGGUAAUGUUUUUUGCCUGUAUUUGCCUUUGGUGGACACAAGUGCAUAUACCACAAUUCCAUCAAUUUCAAAACGAGCACCUUCAUUUUAAUUUGCAUUGUUUUAAGAAUAGAGGACUGUAGUUGUGAUUAUGCAUUAGUGCUUCUUUGAGACGUGUUUUUAAGUCCCAAUAAUAUGCAGUUGCAAAGUGCUCAGACCACUCAUUACCAGAGUUAGUGGCAUUCAUAUUGAAUAUUUUGUAUAUCAGAAAUUGAUUAUGUAUCAUUAUUAUUAUUUAUUGUUUUGUUAAGUAUAGGCCGGAAUCAAUACUUGUAUUACAUUUUAUUCAAAGGUGAGUAGAGUCGCCAAAAUUUUACUCAAGUAAGCGCAGCAUUACUUCAAAAUAAUUUUACUCAGGUAAAAGUAAAAGUAGUUGUCCAAAAAAUGUAUUCUCAAGUACAAGUAAAAAGUAUAUAGUGAAAAGAAGACACUAAGCCAAAGAAAUACGGAAAAAAAAAAAAAAAAAACAUUCUGACGAGAGAAAAAAAAAUACAUCGAGGAAACAUUAUUCGUCCAAAGAGCAUGAUUGCCCUCUGGUGGAGAAAAUUGUUCCCUGUUUGAAUAGUCAAGAGUUCCUUCAUAAUUAUUGUUUUGAAAUUUAAAGGAUCAUAUCUCCGGUUUUCUUUGGUCAAUCGGUGUCAAAUAAAAACUGGGAGAGAGUUUAAAUCCGCGCUUACAGGCUGUCGUAAAGAUAGAAUGGCAAACUUGUGUUCCAUUGGUAUAAUGGAGUCAUGUGAUUGUUGUUGUGAUGUCUAAUUGGUGAAAUCGGUAGAGCUACUCUUAGCAUCGCUGGCUAAAAAAAUAAUAAAUCUAAUACAUGUGUAAACAAAAGAGGAAAAAUGUAACAACUCUUGUGUCACCCAAAGUAGCGGAGUAAGAGUAGCGUUUUUCCUUCACAAAUAUACUCGUAUAACGUAUAGCUUUGUAAAACUACUCUUAGAGGUACAUUUUUCUCAAAAAGUUACUCAAGUAAAUGUAACGGAGUACAUGUAACGCGUUACUACCCACCUCUGAUUUUACUUUUACUCAAAAUGUAUUUGCUUGUCCCAAACAAUAAGCAGUGAGCUUCUUUUGUCCCCAGCUUUAUCUCUGUCCAUAGUGCUUAAGGACAUCUGCCAUUCUUUUUGCACGAACUAUAUGAAGAAAUCAGUGGUCAUCAAUGAUUUGAUCACCUUUACGUCCACAUUACAUUCAUACAAAUGGUAUAAGUUUAGCACCAAAAAAAUACUUUGAUCGGGGGGAAAUAUAUUGUUUUUGUCAUUCAGGUUAAUUUUCAAUGUGGUUAUUAUUUAAUAGGGCACAUUUUAAAGCUGUGUCUCUCCCAGUGGUGAACAUUGUCAUCCACUGGACAAAUUUCACAUAUUCUCCUCUAAGGGGCGCUAUGAGCUGAUAAAUGGAGUGUCCGUGCUGUGCAAUGUAGCGCAGCUUUUUUUCUCUGUCACUGCCAUUUGGAAUGAGAGCUUCGCGUGAACAACAUUGUUGUUUUAUUAACGCCGAUCGGGUCUUGAUGCGCCAGGUUUAUUCUUAUAAUUUCGAUUGAUCCACUUCACUGGACUAUUUUACAUUUUAUUCAUGGCGUUCAUUAAUCUAAAUCCAAACCGAGGAGGAAUAUGGCGACGUGCGGCCUGCCUUUUUUCUUUGUGGUGUUUUUUUCUAAACGCAACGGAUGCACAAAUCCGUUACUCAAUCCCCGAGGAGAUGAAAAAAGGCUCGCUCGUCGGAAAUGUGGCACAAGAUCUGGGUUUGGAUAUAAAAAGACUCCGAUCUGGGCGGGCCCGUAUAGUGACGGGGGAAAACGUCCAGUACACCGAGCUGAAAGCGGACAAAGGGCUGCUGGUUGUCAAUGAGAGGAUAGACCGAGAACAGCUGUGUGGAGACGUGACGCCGUGCAGCUUCACCUUUGAAAUAUUAUUGGAAAAUCCCAUGGAAUUGCAUCCUGUGACCAUCGAAGUAUUGGACGUCAAUGACAACGCUCCCAUAUUUGAAAGUAGACAUGUAGAAUUUGAAAUAAGCGAGUCUGCUGCUCUUGGCUCCCGUUUUGUUGUGGAUGCUGCAUAUGAUGCUGAUGUGGGUACAAACGGUGUACAAAGCUACAUUUUGACACCUGGUGAUAAUUUUGUUUUAAAACAACACGUCAGUCCUGUAGGAAGUAAAUAUACAGAAAUGGUGCUUCAGAAAGCAUUAGACAGAGAGGAACAGCCGCGACUCUCGUUAAAAUUAGUGGCUGUGGAUGGAGGAAAUCCACAAAAAUCGGGUACAGUAAAUAUUGAAAUUGACAUUCAAGAUAAUAAUGAUAAUGCUCCAGUCUUUAAUCAAACUUCAUACAAAGCAAAAGUGACUGAAAAUGCACCAAAAGGCACUCAUGUUUUGACUGUUAAUGCUAGUGACGCAGACAGUGGCUCAAAUGCUCAUGUAACAUACUCGUUUUCAAAAUCGAAGGCAGGAAUAACACAUUUGUUUCAUAUAGAUGAAAUAACAGGAUGUAUAUCUGUUGCAAAACAGAUUGAUUAUGAAAAAUAUAAAACAAUAGAGUUCAUGGUUGAAGCCAAAGAUCAAGGUGCAUUGACAGAUUCUACCAAAGUGGAAAUAGAAGUACUGGAUUUGAAUGAUAAUGUCCCAGUUAUUAACGUUAUGUCCUUCACUAUGUCUGUGUCAGAGGACUCCCCUGCUGGUACCACUAUUGGUAUCAUUAAUGUAAAAGACUUGGAUUCUGGUGAAAAUGGUCAUGUUAGUUGUGUAAUUAAUGGUCACGCUCCAUUUAGGAUUAAAACCAAUUUGAGAAAUUAUUUUGCAUUGAUGACUGAUGCUGUCUUAGACCGUGAAAGUGUGUCAGAAUAUAACAUCACAGUUGUUGCAUCUGAUUCCGGCUCUCCUUCCCUUUCCACAAAAAAGACUUUUAUUUUGAAAAUUGCAGACGUAAAUGACAAUGCUCCCGUCUUUCCCGCCAGCUUCUAUCGUGCAAACAUUGAAGAAAACAACUCUCCAGGUGUUUCUGUGCUCAGAGUGAGUGCCAAAGAUACGGAUGAAAAUCAGAACGCUCGUGUCUCUUAUAUGUUGGAGCAGGGUGAAAUGGGAGGAAGUCCAAUUAGUGAAUUUGUGUCGGUAAAUGCAGAAAGUGGAGUUAUUAGCGCAGUUCGAUCAUUUGAUUAUGAGCAAAUCAAAGAAGUAAUAUUUACCGUCCGAGCUCAGGACGGAGGCUCCCCUCCUCUGAGCAGCAACGUAAGCGUGACCAUCCUGAUCCAGGACUCCAACGAUAACGGCCCGCAAGUCCUGUACCCGGUCCAAGUGGGUGGGUCAGUGCUUGCCGAAAUGGUGCCUCGUUCGGCAGACGUGGGCUAUCUCGUGACUAAAGUGGUGGCUGUGGAUGUGGACUCUGGACAGAACGCUUGGCUUUCGUAUAAAGUGCAGAAAGCCACAGACAGGGCGCUUUUUGAAGUUGGCCUCCACAAUGGAGAAAUAAGAACUGCCCGCCAAGUGACUGAUAAAGAUGCUGUCAAACAAAGACUGAGUGUUGUAGUUGAGGACAACGGGCAGCCUUCUCGUUCCGCUACAGUCAUUGUUAAUGUGGCAGUGGCAGACAACUUCCCUGAAGUUCUGUCGGAGUUCACUGACUUUAGCAUACAUGGCAAGGAGUACAACGACAAGCUGACUUUUUACUUAAUCUUGGCUUUGGCGGUGGUCUCCUUCCUCUUCAUCACUUGUUUGCUGCUUAUCAUAUCAGUCAAAGUGUACAGGUGGAGACAGUCUCGCAUAUUGUACCACUCCAACAUGCCCGUCAUUCCAUAUUAUCCGCCACAGUACUCGGAUACUUUGAGGACGGGGACUCUCCCACAUGUGUACAAUUACGAAGUGUGCAGGACCACUGACUCCAGAAAAAGUGACAUGAAAAAUAUGCAAGCCAUGAGUCAAAGUUUAGUCAGCGUGGAUGGAGCUGAUGCAGAACCACCACAUCAGAACAAGCAGAUGUCAGGAAACUUUUCACAGAUGUCAACUUUGCAAAAGCCUCCCAACAAUGACUGGCGCUUUAACCAGGGACCAAGACCAGGACCCAGCGGUCCCCACAUGCCAUACGGUACACAUAUACGCUGGACGCCGAAGAGUGGGACAAGGGCUGCCGGAGGACCAGAGGUUGCUAUGGGAACCGGCCCUUGGCCCCAACCCCCAACUGAAGCUGAACAGCUCCAAGCCCUGAUGGCCGCAGCCAAUGUGAGCGAAGCGACUGGCACCCUGGGACCCGGUACCAUGGGCCUGAGUACCCGCUACAGCCCGCAGUUCACCCUGCAGCACGUGCCCGACUACCGCCAGAACGUCUACAUACCCGGCAGCACGGCCACGCUCACCUCCAACCCCCAGCAGCAGCAGCAGCAAGCGAUGGCCCAGCAGGCCAGCCAGCAGGCUCUGCCCCCGCCGCAGCAGGGCCAGCCCGAGCCCCCGAAAGCCGCUCAGACCCCCGCUUCCAAGAAGAAGUCUACCAAGAAGGAGAAAAAGUAGAAAAAAGAAGCAAAGGAAUGCUCUACCCGGUAUGACGAGAUAUAAAACCCCUCACACCCCACCGUCAGGUAUCAUUCUAGUUGAGGUCUGACUGGGCCACAUGGACGGUUUUGAUGGUUCUUUAGAAGUGUCUUGAAGGCAUCCAUUGAUAUUUGUUGGUUGGGUAUGAGGGGUUCUUGUAAUUUUCUUUUCCUUUCUUUUAAGACAAGAAACCUCCCGAGGUUGAUGAGGCUUAUAAAAAGCAAGUGAUAUAUACAGAGAAAUGUUAUCAUCUUUCAUGUUGGAUUUAUUGUGCUCUUUCCCUCAAGCGGGAAGUCGGCUGUUGUGAGUAUGCUAGUCGCCAUGAUAUUUGUAUGUAGGCUCAGCCUUUAGCUGGUUCUUCAAGCGUGGAGAUUAUAAGGCUGUUCUUUUACCGCUAUUACAAACUUGUCUGCAUGCUCUUUAAAGGUUCAAACCACAUUUUACUAGUUUAGAGUUGCAAACUAUGCAUUGCAAAAGAGGAGGAUGCCACGCCCUCACCCCCUGCCAAAUCGCCGGUAAACGGAAUGCACAUGUAGCAUUUACCCGACGAGAAAAAGACUUUUGUAACCAUAGUUUGAAAAAGUAAGAGGUUAAUCUCCUGUUAUCAUCUGCGCAUGUAUCCACAAUGAGAGGCAACAGGUGGUGUCCAGCUGCAAGUCCCCCCCACCCCCACACUCCUAUUGCCCCACAUUAAGAGCCAACCUAAAGUAUUGCACUGAUGCCGGAUAUAAAUCUCGUUUAAAUGAAGUAUUCGCCCUUGCUGUCAAUGUUAUUUUGUUUGCUACAAUAGCGUCGAGCAAUUGUAUGCGUAAGAUAUGAAAUCUGGCUCGUGAGCGCUCGCAAAUCAUUUUCACUUUGGUCCGAAAGGGUCAGCAACACUUGGCUCCAACCACUGAAUGUACAGAGGAACCACUGUUGACCAGCCCGCCACUUACUCAUUUGACCCAGGCUGGGGGUUAACAACUUAACAAGGCGAUACCACUCGUCGUACUCGUCCUUCGCCACUAUGCCCUCCGUCCCCGCUCAAAAAUCCUCCCCCAUCUGCUCACUUGUAAAUAUACACAACUCCCGUUGAUGGUAUGAGCCAGGUGUUUGUGUUGUAGGGAGCGCCGCCGUCCGACCUUCUCCAAAAUAUUAAAUCCUUCUCCGCAAAGCGUGGCUCACUACUGGAAUGUGUUGCAUUUUGUUUUGCAAGAAAAUUAUGAAAAACACAGACUUAAAAAAAAAAAAAAAAAUCUAAAUGAAAAUCUGAGAUGUUCUUCAACAGUUUGUGUUGCAAUGUAGUAACUAAGCACCAUGCCAACUAACUCUUCAGUGUAAAUAAAACAAAUUAAAGAUUUAAACUUUAGAUAAGGUGACACACGUAGACUAGUUAACUUGUGAUAUGUGUUGCGCAUAUUUUUGUGUUCAUUUUCUCGUUUAUCUUUUAUCACCCUGUAAAGAAACGACAAAAAAAAAUGAAUAUGUUUCUAUCCUUCUGUAAUCUCUCAAUGUUCUUUUUGCAGUGAUUUGACCUUGUGCAUUCUCUUUCUGUCCAUAUGAACAAAUGACUAUAAAUAUUAUAUAUGUGUAUGUCCGUCCGCUGCUGAAUUAAUACUACUCUAUCCUGCUGUACUAUCUUUCUUAUCAAAUACUUAGCCCCCUUCUCUCCCUUGCUUUAUCCCUGUGUUACUCUUAUUUUUAUGCUAAUAUUUAUAUUGCUGUUUUAUUUUCUCUUGAACACUGACAUUUCAAAUAAAAGAUACUGAAAUAACUUCA